AUGAACCUCGAGACGUGCCCGAGUUGCGAAGGAAGGCUAGAAGGGCAAUCUGAAGGAGCCCAUACUCUGUAUCGAUGCGAGGAUUGCCUCGGGGGCGCAUUGAAGUGUCGUGACUGUCUACUCUCCUCGCACGUCGAACGUCCACUGGAUAGGAUAACUGCUUGGGACCGGGACACUCGUGCUUGGCUGCUGACCACAUUUUCUAGUCUGGGCUUCGAGCUCCACCUCGGUCACGCCGGAAACAAGUGCCCUAACACGAGGACACCCGCACGUCCGAUGACUAUCGUCCAUGAUCGCGGAAUCAUCGCGUUGCCCGUGCACUACUGUUGGUGCACCGAGGGCUCGAUAGAACCGCUUCAGCUCAUCGCUGCGGGGUUCUGGCCGGCAACAUGGAAGAAGCCGCGGACGGCGAUGACCCUGGGAGUCAUGGAUACGUACCACAUGAUUGCGCGACAGGCACAAGUCAGCGUCGACGACUACGUGCGGCAUCUCGCAAGGCUGACGGACAAUGUGUUGCCGACGGACGUAGCGGAUCGAUAUCGCGAGUUCAAUAACGCAUCAAGACAGUAUGACCAUCUCAAGCGUUGUGCAGAGUACGACACCUGGGUGGGAGAUACACUCAAGAACGGCCAACUGUGUCUCCUCUGCCCAGCGUGCCCUCAGCCGGAAAUCAACAUGCGAGAGGGAUGGCAGCAACGCUUGCCGGAAUACCGAUAUCUGGACGCGCUGCAAUAUUCCAUAGACGGGAACUUCCACCUGAGUAUGAAGGAUCGCGAUACCGACCCGCUCGACGUCGCCCUCUCCGACGGUGCCGGUUAUUUCGUGCCCAGCAAGACGGCGAAGCAGUUCUUGAGCAAAACGAAGGCGCCGAAGGCUGAGGCGAGCACCUGUAAUCAAUUCGGUGCCAUGGGUCAGGGCAAAUACAAGGGCAAGGUCUCUGGCGUCGUCGGGAUAUCGUGCCGGCAUAUGUACAUGCUCCCGAACUCUAUCAUCGAUCUGAUUCGCGCCGAGCAAUAUCAAUUCGUCGAUCUUGCCCUGCUCUGCACGCUUCAGAAGUACUUGGUACUGCUGCAGUUGUUCGGUACGUACGAUAUCAACUGUCAGUAUAUGAUCAACCUGCGCAAGCGGCUGGCGGACUACGGCGUCGUGCUUUCCGAAAUCGACGGUCUGCAUUCGACGGAGCUCCCGCAGAUCAUCGCGGGCGUGGGCAAGUAUCACCUCAGCAUGCACACCAAAGAAUGCCGCCACAAGUACUCGAUGCACCUUCUUCCCGGCGCGUGCAUGUUUGACGGCGAGCCGAUGGAACGCAUUUGGGCGAUCCUCAACGCCCUCGCGCUCCGCACCAAGGAGAUGUCCGGUGGACAUCGUCAUGAUGUCCUCAACGAGCAUUUUGAAGACAUGAACCUCCGCCGCCUGCAGGUGUUAGUGAAGGAGCUCCUCGGCAAGUACACAAACGGACACAAGCGCGUCAAGGAGCUCGCGAAGUAUCUCGCUAGGAUCGAGACGUCCAUCGGGAAAAACCACAUCGAUGACUGGCGUGUCGAGGAGGCGGCAUACCUGAAGGCCGUCGUGGACAUCACCCAGCACAAACACUUGAAGAACAUCUACGAGCCUCCCGCGGAAGCAUCCCUGACGCAGAAGGAUAUCGUCGAACAACUAGCGGCUGAGCAAGCGACCAAGCUAACGGGCGAUGGCGUCAUAGGUGUCGCCACCCUAGAAGGCGCGCUGGCCGUACAAGAAACUCGUCGGCAGCUUCGUCUGGAAGUAGACACGUUCUCCGGCACGGAAGAGGAGCGUGAACGUCUCCGCACGAAGAUCGAUACGUGGCACAAGCAAGCCAUGCGAGUCACCACCGACUGCAACAGCAAGCUGAGCGACUCUGUCGAUGCUGUCAAGUCGUCUAUUGCCCCUUGCGACAUCCCUCCGGGGUUCCCCCUUCGCACGACCAGUGACGACUGCACGUGUGAAAUUCCGCUGGACGAGGUCGACGUCCGACUCCCGUCGGACUACCAUAGCACGGUCCGGAAGCAUGCGGCGAUGAAGGAUGCCGUUGCGACAGAGCGCCGUCUACGGGAGGGCCAGGCAAACGAGGCGCUCGAAGACCUCCGGUUGCAUUUGACGACACAAAUGAGCUUGGCUGAGCGCAAGACGCAAGGGUCCGGCACGAUCCAUAACGCAGCCAUGGACCGACGUAUCCAUGGCAAGCGCGACGCUAUCGAGCGUGCGAAGUAUGCCUACCGUCGGGCACGUCUAGCCAUGAUCGUCCUCGGAAUGCCCAAGAAGGAUCGUACCUACCGAGUCUUGAAGGACCAAGAUUGCAAAGCCUUCGUGAUCGUGGACGAAGAAGUCAGGCGCGGCGAUAGCAAGCUUGAUCCGACUUGGAUCUGGGGAGAUUUCACGUACAUGGGUAAGCUUGACGAGGGCAAGAUAAAGAUCUUUGUCACAAACAGUGUGAAGGUUCACUGGCUGCGACAGAGCGCAUUGCUGGCGCGCUGGAGGGAGGAGGUCAACGCCCUUCGCGAGGAGAUGUAUCGAACCGUGCGCUUUUUCGAGUACACGGUAAGGACGUGGACAGUUCGCGGGGAGCAGCACGAACUAGCGGGACGCGCAGCCGCGGCGGCUCAUGCUCGUCGGUAA